AUGUCUCUAGAAAAUUUCCACGCUGAACCGAGUAGAACCGACACGCUACAUCUAAAAGAGGCCCUAGAACACAACAAGGCACUCCAUUUUACUUCGAAAUAUUUAUAUCUAACGCUAUGGGGCGACGAAGUAGCCAAUCAGACCCAAUUUAAAGAAAUUAUAGAUAGACUGGCAGGAGCCACGAACAACGUCCAAUACGCUCACAUCUCACCUGUUGAGAUUGACGAAACGAACUCUAGACCUCAUCAACAUAUGCUGAUUGUCACGAAACGUCCCAGAUCUUUCAAGGCAAGGCCCAUAAUUAAUCACGCAGAUGGGACGAAACAGACCUUUUGGUAUACAAGAGUAAAUUCGUAUACAUCCAGAACCGGCGACGUUUCAGCAAUAAUAAAGUAUAUUACCAAAAAAGGAGUAGGCAUGUUCAAAGGAGACCCAUCAAACAAGGAAGAUCUAAAACAAACAUGGGUCAACGCAUUAGCUGACAUGGAUUCUUACCAGGACUUUAGCGAAUUAGAGAAAAAUUUACUAGAUAUCAACGCGGAAAAAUACAUUCAACAAGAAGGAAAAAUUAAAGCGCGUUGGAUGAGAAAAAAUGCACGAAGAUUGGAUAUCGAGCAUUAUACCAGGACAGAUCUACUUCCAUGGAAAGAGGAUAUGGAAGAAAUUCAAACCAUACGUAAAUGGCUCAAGUGUGCCCAAGGUAAUAAAUAUCGUAUGGGCAACUUGUUUAUUGUCGGUCCGACCAAGACUGGAAAGACAGAAUUCGCUAUACAGGAAAUAUUUUUAAAAUAUAACACGUUUAUGUUGCGUGGCGAUUCCUUGUUUGAUGCCUAUGACGAUGAGCAGAACUAUAGAUUUAUUUUAUUCGACGAUAUAAAUUACGACAGAAACUUAAUUAGAUUGAUCAAGGCUAUUACAUCAACUAUCAAUAAAAAAACAACUGUAAAUGUAAAAUAUUCAAAAGCCAUAGUUACGGCAAGACCGUGUAUACACUUAUUAAACCAAAAAGAAUACGAAGGGGUAGUUGAAUUAAUGAAGUAUAACGGGGGUUAUAAUUGGUGGAAAAGAAAUUCGCUAACCGUUUUUAUCGAUAAGAAAUUAUAUAAAGAUCCAAUAGAAUCUGAAAAAGAAUCAGAAGAUAUGGCGCAACAAGAGGAGAAUUAUAAUGCAUUGACAGAUUUACAAGAUAAAUAUAAUGAAAUUAAAGACUUGCCCGAAGAGCAAGAAUCAGAAGAUCAAAUACCCACAGAACACUUACCAUUUUAUUCAAGAGUUACCAAUUUAUUAGAGUCUCUGGGUUACGAUGAAAACUUCCUAGACGAAUUUACAAGUAAGAUAAAAGAAGCUAAAAAAGACAAGAGAAUGAAUAGAGUACUAAAUGAAUCUCAAGAAAACAACAGUAGCAUGGUAGAAGAAUGGAACGAUGAAUUAGAAAACUAUCAAUUAGACAACCCAUUGGGAAUGAAUAAAGAAGAUUUUAAUCAGUUUGAAAAGGAAAACAUGUCUUCAUAUGAAAAACAAAGAAGUAAAUUCUUUGAUAGAAGAAUAAGUGAAGACAGUCUAGACAAAGAAGAUGAAGAUGAAGGGGAAUACAGUGCAGACGACUAUAACGAUCAUCAACCAUUUGGAGGCAGAGACAAUAACAUGGAUAUCAUCUACGAUUAA